AUGGCCGCACUAGCCGUCCCCUCUACCGCCAGUGGCUCGUCCAAAGCCGAGUCCUCUUCCCACGACAGCGGGCCUUCCAGUGUGCCCUUUCGAGGCUCUUCUGUGGCAAAGUCGCGUCGACUCAAAGCACCCGCCCACACGCCAGCCUCGUGCUCAACAUGGCUGCUGCUCGAUGCAGACGAGCGGGCGAUGCCCUUCCUGCGCACGCUCGAGUCGUCACCACCAACGGCACGGAGCAGCGAAAAACUCACCGAAUCGACCAACACCGCCUCUACCCGGUCAACGGUGCGCUCACAGGCAAGCAAGUACGAAGACGCGGAUGACAAGCGUAUGUCGCUCCAACAAGGGAGUGUGGGCAAGCGCGGGUUCAUGUCGCGUCUCAGGGGGGCGGGGAGCGUCAGUGGUGCCAGUUCAUUUCAGGCGACGACGGCGAUGACCACGUCGGGCAGCUGGGCGAUGGUCGAUUCGCCCGCAUCGACAGAGCAGACGGGGUCGAGGAUUGCGGGGAGAACUGUACAUCUGGCAUUCACAACUCUGGCCUUGGAGGCGGCGACAAAGCACGCUCACGGUCUGGUGGGACGAGCAUCGUUGCGGCCAGCACCCACGUCAGAGCACACGACAGAACUCGUCCAUUCGGAUCGAGUGGAUGUAGCAGGGCUGGCGGUAUUGAUCGCGUCCACCGGCGCGGAAGGCGUGUAUAUUGGAUCGGCACGGUCCCCUUCGAACAGCAUGCAGCCGUUUCUCGAAGCGCUGCUCUCCAUCAGCACUCUGAAGAUCAUACUUCUCGAACCAGCGACAACACGAAGGUUGACAUCAACUCAAGCAUCAACAUUGCACGACCUGGCUCGUGGUCGAAACAUCACACUCCAUCUACCGCUUCGUCAGACUUCACUAUGGACGACAGGCAUCGAAGAAACACUGCUCGGACUCGAGCUGCUGCACGACGUGGCCGAGGAUGAGCAAGCACGCACUGCACCGUUGGCGAAUGGCGAUGCAGACGUCAGCGCGGACAAUGUAUUCGACGUGAGCAUGUCAAACAUCCCCACAGGGUUGUCGGGGGACGGACUCAACGGGGUCGAGGUCGAGACGCUCAAGACGCAGCUGGAGCAUUUGAGAACGGAGGGGAGGAUGAAAGACGGGGUGAUCGCAGAGCUUAGGAAGCAGGGCGAGGAGCAGAUGGGGAUAAUUCAGACGCUCAAGCGGGAGAAGGCUGUUGCAGAGGCAGCGCAGGCAAAGGCGCUCGCAGCGCCCGCUCAAGGUGUCGAACCGAAGACGCCAGAGCGGUCGACUGUCGUCGCUCUCGCUGCACCUCUUACACAAACCGAACAGACCCAGGGCGCUGCAGCAGCUGCAGCGCCUCGCACGCCGAGCAAAAUCGCAUCAUCAGGUGCCGCCCCAAUCACGCCCUCGCCGAGCACAGCAGCCCUCGCCCGCGCGGCCCCCAUCACCACCCCGCAACCGUCCUCGCCUAGCACGGGCAAGUCCACCGCGGUGAUCGCCAAGCUCACUGCCGAGCUCGCCGAGACGCAGCAACUGCUCUCCGCCACCCGGACUGCCCUAUCGACCGUCCGCGCGCAGUCUGCCGGCCACCAAGCGGCGGCGGACGAGAUGCGCUCCACGCUCGGCCGCGCACGUCUGGAGAACGAUUCCUCCGUCACCAUUCUAGCGCGGAAAGAUCGGCAGGUGGUGGAAGCGCUCGAGCGGGCACGCAAGGCCGAGGCGGAGUGUCGCGAUCUAGGCCGGGCGAGCCGCGAGUGGGGGACGCGGGUGAGGGAGGUUGAGGAGCAAUUGGGAACCGAACGUGUAAAGCGGAGUCGUGUCGAGCAGGCAUAUGAGUUGCUCGGGGCGGAAUGGAAGACUGCGCGAGGAAGACUCAUUGAGGAAGUAAAACUGCUCAAGGAGGAACAUCGUCAAGCAGUCGAUGGGCUCGCAGAGGAGUACAAAAAGGUGUUGACGUUCAAGGACCGGUUGGCGCAGGAAAAUGCCUUGCUCAUCACCCCCGCUCCUGGUACGAGCGACGCAGAGGUUAUUCCGCCUAGCAAGCUGCUGACAGAGCUAGCGGGGUUGAACGACAAGAUGCAGCGCUAUAUCGAAGGGCAGCUGCAACCGCUGCUGGCGAGAUUGGCCAGGUUCGAGCAGAGGGAGAAUGCCGAGGUGAUGGAUCAGUUGCAGGUGCUCACGGACGAGUUGACGAGGAUCAAGACGCUCAUGCGCAGAGGCGACGUGGUGGACGCUCGACAGGUGCCCCCUGGUCCAUUCUGA